CCUUUUGACCAGGGCCAACGGUGCAUUAUGGCUCCCCAAACAUGCUCCCCCUCAUAACUGGUUGAGCAUGUAGCAUCCUCUUCAUACACUACCACACGCGCGGCGACGCUACAUGUUGACGAUCCCUCCCUGAAUUCUCGUUUCAAGAGAUUGAAAACGAACAGCGAUUCCGUGCUCCUACCACUUCCAGCCGAGCCGACACCGACACUGUGCUUUCACAAGGCGAAGCCAUUCUAUCAGCGCCGUACAUUCGUAGAUUUCGCGGAGCUUCUUCAUUGUGGGCUGUUGCUGCUCUCAGCGUGCCGUUUCCAGGAACGGCACUCUGCCGUUUGGGCUUCUCGACUUUGUUGAAAUUCUUCAGAAGAGCACGUUGAUUUUUUAUUUUAUUUUAUUUUUCGGGACGCGAGUACUAGGCUUGUUCUCCAAAGAGGAGAUUUGUAUGCUACGACGUAUCAGUAGCGAAGACUAGAAGCGUAGCGAAGGAGGAUGGGUGCUGGUCGUAAGACUACGACGUAUCAGUAUGACACGCAGAACCAGAUGGGAAGGGGAGGCGGAGAUUCCGCGCGCCCGCGCAUUCAGUUCCGCCUGCUGCCGCGGGAGCGGCUGGGGGGAUGCGUGUUCGGAUGCACCAAGGAGACUUUCUCGGAAUGUGUAACGAAGGAGCUAUUUGGGCUGCCCUACAACCACAUGGAGUACGUCCAGCACAUCGCCCCUGGCAUGCCUCUCUUCCUCUUCAACUAUUCGGACCGCCGCCUGCACGGGGUGUUUGAGGCGACCAGUCACGGGGAUGUGGAGAUCGACCCGCACGGGUGGAUGGGCAAGCAGGGCGGCCAGACCAGAUUCCCCGCUCAGGUCAAGGUGCGUCUGCGUCAACGGUGCAAGCCCCUGGCAGAGUCGGCCUACGGUCCGGCCAUAUCAGCCAACUACUACUCCUCCACUCACUUCAUGUUCGAGCUCGACCGCCAGCAGACCCAGAAGCUGCUGGAACUCUUCGACUGCCCCCCUGCUCAGAUGUCUUCAACAAAAGAUCAGAAGGCUUCCCACCCUUAUAUCCCACCACCUGCCGCUGGCAAAUCGCUCUCACAACCCUCUCAUCCCUCUCACCCCUCUCACCCCCCUCUGAAUCCCCUCCCCCCUGCUCCGGCCCCACCAUACCAACAUCCCCCCCGCCCCACCUCCUCUUCCUCCUCCAAUUCUUCCUCCUCUGCAGCCUCAUCCUCUCAGCCACCUUGGCAUUCGUCCGCACCUCAUCCUGGACCUCAAUCCGGACCUCAUCCCGGACCUCAUUCCGGACAUAUUUCCGGACCUCCUUUCAAGCCGGCCGGAUCUGGACCUGGUUAUUCCUCCGAUUCCGGACCUCCCUUGAGAUCUGGAUCGUGGAACCGGCCCGAUUCUCGCCCCGGACCUAUUUUCAGGUCGGAUUCUGAGCCUCCCUUUAAGCACGGGCCUCAAAAUGACCCUGGACCUUGCCCCCGACCUGGACACGUACCUGGGCCACGGAAUGGGUCUAGUCCUAGGUACGGGAGUGCAGCAGGCUCGGGAGCAGGCUCGGCGGAAGGCUGGGGAGAACCCAGGUCUGGUCCGUGGGUUUCAUCUGCUUCCAAUUCUGCCAAGUCAGCACAAGGCAACGCAUCCUCCUCUGAGCCUUGGGUUUCAUCUGCUCCCACUCACUCAACCCAAGUGAACGUGUCAUCUACGCCUUGGGUUUCAUCUGCUCCGAGUUCUUCCGGGUCAACCAAAGUGAACGCAUCUGCCGUGCCUUGGGUUACAUCUGCUUCUGCUGCGGCAGUCCCAGAAAGGGAGUAUUCCAGCACAGCUGUUUGUGAAAAAGUCUCUGACGGUUCCGGAAGCAGUGGGAAGGCUUUUGAGUCGACUCCAAAGUAUCCCAGCAAAGCUGCUUAUGAAAAAGGCUCUGAAGGUUCUGGAAGCAGUGGGAAGGGAGGAUGCAAGAAAGGAGGCGGUGAGAAGCCCACAGGCAAGCCUGACGAUCUGAUCACUCCCAAGCCUCGUCCUAAAACAGGUUCGGCACCAGCUUCGGCUGCUAUUCGAGCCUGGCUGACACCUUCGAGCCAUGAUAAUGCUGGUAAGGACAUAAACAAGAAGCUCCCUGAGGUUUCAACCACACCGACAAUACCAGCGGCAAAAGAAGCAUCACCAGCACCAGCACCAGCACCAGCACCAGCACCAGCACCAGCACCAGCACCAGCAACACCAGCAGCACCAGCAGCACCAGCAGCUGAAACACCACCAGCAGAGCCGCUUACUUCUUCCACUCACCCUGAAACCCCCUCUUCUCCCCCCAAAUCAUGCGGUACCCCUCCGUCACCCACUGUCUCCCAGUCACCAUCAGCCUCCCCCCCACGACCUCAUGUCCGUUUCAGCAAUGCAGGCAGCGGCAGUCACGGGCCUGAUAGGGGCAACAGGGGAGAUAAGCCUGGUGAGGAUAGUGUGGGGGGUGAUAGUGGUGGUGGUGACAGUGGGGGGUGUGAUGAUAGUGGUGGUAGUCUUGGUGGUGCUGCCAGUGGUGGGGAUGGGGAUACCGAGGCUCCCAGCUCAGCACAAGUGUGUGGGGCAGGAGAGCAGGACGCAGAAGUGAAAGCAGCGGUUGCAGAUGCAACAACCGUCGCAGCAGCCACAGCUGUACCGCCUGCAGCAGCAGCAACAGUACCACUUCCAUCAGCAGCAGCAGCAGCAGCAGCAGCAGCAGCAGCAGCAGCAGCAGCAGCAGCAGCAGUACCACUACCGUCACCAGCAGCAGUGGCAGCACGCCAAAAGGCGGGAGAUGCUGCUGAAUCUGCAGCAGCACCAGCAGCACCAACAGCGCCGGCAACAGCAGAAGCGCCAGCACCAGCAGAACCAACAGGGUCAUCAGCAGUACCACCAGCAGUACCAGCAGCACUACCAGCCGCAGUAUCAGCAGCACUACCAGCAGCCGUACCAGCAGCCGUACCAGCACCAGCACCAGCAGCAGUGCCAGCAGCAGUACCAGCAGCAGCACCAGAGGCCCAUGGUACAGCUGCAGCAGGCCCAAUGGCAUACUACGCUCUGGCAUAUACCCCCACCCAGCUGCCUGGUUCUACCCCUGGCAGCUUCCCGAUUCCCAUGCCCAUAGCCAUGCACAUGCCUGUGACUGGUGCUGUGCCUGCUAGCUAUGCUGGCGGUUAUGUGCACCCACAACAGCAGCAGCAGCAGCCGCAGCAGGAAUGGUGGGCACAGGCGUCGGUGCAGCCACAGCUACCUUGGCAGCAUCAGUACCUGCAGCAGCAGCAGCUGCUGCUGCUGCAACAACAACACCAGCAACCGCAGCAGCAGCAGCAGCAGGUGCUGCUGCAACAACAGCACCAGCAACCGCAGCAGCAGCAGGGGGUAGCAGGAGGAGGAGCGGAUAUGAGCGCGAUGGCAGGGCUAGCGGCACUGGUGCAGCAGAGCCUGGAAACGGUUACCAGCGCCAUGCAGCAGUGGGGCCAGGAGAGGGCGCAGCUGAGGGCAACGCUGGAGCAUACCCAGGCAGAGAUGGCGCAACUGCGGGCUGCACUGGAGGAGGAUCGGGCGGAGAUUGGGAGGCUGCAAUCAGAGGUGGUGCGGCUUCAGGCGGAUGGUUUGGCGUUGAGGCAGCUCCAGGGAGAAAUCGCUCGGCUACAGACCAAACAGGUGGCAUUGGAGCCAACCAUCAUACACCAGGAAGCUUUAGGCCAUCCCGUCAUCAAACAAAAUCAUGUUAUGGAGCAAGACACACCGGGAGAGGAGGUAACAGGUGGGGAUGUUUCUCAACAAGAGACUACUGCGGCGAAUCAGGAUUGGCUCGAGGAGACUGGAUAACAAAAAUUGCCGUAGUUUAAAUUCUAGUGCUGUUUUGCCGUUUAUCGAUGCCUUGAAGAUUGAUAACGCGUAUGCGGGACCACAUCCCUGAGCAUGUUGAAGGAUCUGUUGUCCAAGCCAGGUUCGGUUUGCCCAUCAGCCAAUUGGAAAAGGUCAGGAAAUUCGUCUGUGUGCUUCGGCCGGAGGUGCGUGUUCCAUGAAACGAGGGACAG